ACACUGCAAAAACCAGGGUGUUAAAUAUUCAACACCAGCAUGGAAUAGAAAAAUAUCAACACCCUUGGUGUUCAUUUCAUGUCCGAUUGGCGAAAAAUAACACCAACGGUGUGAAAAUAUUCAAUUACAGGCUGAUGGUGUCAUAUUUGGUGUUAUAAAAUCGCACAUGCGCAUAAGCUAGAGAAUUCGACGAAAAUCAUUGGACGAAAGUUGUCAUAUGAUCCGAUAUGCGCCUCUGCAGCUGCGCGCGCACAGCUAGACGAGAGCAUGUGGCUAGAGAAUUUCACUGGCACUGACUUGAAGUCUUGAUUCUGGAGUAGUAAUUCUUCAAAUUAGGCCUAGAUUCUAGAUGUGAAGUGAUCGAAGUGCAUGCAACCAUGCCAUUAAGCGUCAGGGUCUGUUCAGCGGAUCGAAGUAUUAGAAAAUACCUGCCUAUAGAUCCAGAAGACACAGUAGGAUUCUUUGAACUCAUCAGAAGAAAAUUCCACAUAAGGGAUGGGGAAGAUCUCGUACUUGUGGAUGAACAAGAAGGGUUUGGUAUAGACGAUGACGUACUAGGAGAUGUGGUGACCAGCAAUCCCACAGUCAGCCUCAUGGUGCUAAAAGAAGAUGAAGAAUGGUCUGGUUCAGAUGUACAUAGCAUCACAAGUGCAGACACUAUCAAGGUGGAUACCAGCUCCUCUUCCCUGAGUAGCUCAGAAUCUGAUUCAAGUUUUUGCUCCAGUAGAAAGAGGCCACGAUUAAAUGCCCUCAGUGAAUCAGGUGCAAUCACUGACAACUCUUGUGAGUUUGUACAAGAAAUUUUGCGGCACAGAGGUGAUGCCAUUCUCCGAGAGUAUGAAUUGACUGGAGCACUUCAAGAUAAAACUAGACGGCAGAUGAUUAACCUUUUGGUAGCCCACAUGCAAGAACACUAUGGCAAACAUCCAAAAGCAGCUAUGAAAACCAAAUAUGCCAUGGGGAUAGUGAAUCUGUUUCCAAGACUCAAGGAUCCGUUUACUAGCACAGGUCAUGAAGCUUAUUUUGAUGCAAGAAGUAACACGGGAUUCCUGGCUGCUAGAAUAAAAAAUGUUAACCGCACAACAGAGGAGAAGACAUCCAACCCAUUACCCAAGCCAUCAAGCAGAGAUGGUGGUCCUGGGAAGGUCCGAGAAGGUGACCAAGAAUCUGCUCCAGGCUGCACCUAUGAUGAAGACCUCAACUGGUUACGACACUGUCCAACAUUAGAACGUGAUUCUACCCUGGUUGUUGAAAAGAUGAAAUCCACUUUUCCUGUUAGACAGCAUAUGGUCAGGGACGGACGCUCCGCAUCGGAUAUUUUGGAACAGUUUCCUUUUGAAACUGUUCCAGGUUUGAUUGAGGUAGAUUUUCGGAAACUUUUUCCUGAAAAUCACUCGCGUUUCCUGACCAAAUGGCCCGAGUUGAAGCCCAAGGUUGUUACACUUGCAAGACAACUUCUGAAGCAGAAAGGAAACUUGACAGUGAUGGAGCUUCUGUCAUCUUAUGACAGUUCUGAUCAAAAUAAAGAAGGAUGGAAUUCCAGCACAUCUGCUAUCCUCCUCCUCUUGUGCCUAUUGCCUCCUGCAAGCCAAGGGAAGUCCAAAGCUGCGUCAGCAAAAGUGUCCAUUUCUUCAGCUCUCUCGAGGGUUAUUCAAUUUCAGAAGACAGGAGGGAGUAUUCAAGCAUUCCUCGACAACACAAAAGAGACCAAGAGUCAACCGUUCCUUCUGGCAAUUGGCAAUUCCAAGGCCCGAAUCACCAACUACAUGAUCAUUGUGGAUCACAAGGCCAUUCCAUGUUCGGCACGCACGGUCGAAGCAGCAGUAGAUUUACUCUUCAAGACCCACUUUGUCUUUGGCCUGCAGUACUGCUUGUCUCUGCGGCAGUUCUGGACUUUUGUCCAGACUGCCAUUUUUGAAAUCGAUAUCGGAGUGUCCCGGGAAACACCAAGAGUACGUGAAAUUAGAUCGAAAUUGUUAGCACCAUGAUUUGCUUCAAAUGCCACAAACAGUUUGCAAUACCCAAAUUGGUUCAACAUUUGAGAUUGAAACAUGGAGUUAUUGAAGAUGGUAAAGAAGUAUUGACCUGUGGGCAGGGAGCUUGUGCGAGAACAUUUCAUACUUUUCGAGGAUUUCGGGGACAUUUGCAGACUCACCUUAAAACCGAUUUUCCAGAUAAUAAAGAGCAGUCUAAUGAAAAUGAUAAAGUGAGUGACUUUCCUGAAGAAAGUCUUGAAAGUCUUCAAGAAUACAAUAUUAAUAAUGAUGAGAUUGUUGAAGAUCAGGAUGUAUAUGAAGAUGACAUUUUAUCUGUAGAUACCUUGAACAGGCAGUGUGUAAAUGUAAUUUCAAAAUUUUCAGCAAAUAGUGCAAACUCUGGAAAAGUUGUAAAUGAUGUAGUAGAAACAACCAGUGCGAUUGUAGGUGAUGUAGUAAAAAGUGCAUCGGCAGCCGUUACAGCUGCUUUCUUAAAACAUAAGCUGCCUAUAGAAUCCGAGGCUUAUAAGGAGAUUCAAACACAUUUUGCUAUGCUUGAAAAGCCCUUUGAAAAUUUGAAUUCAGAAUAUAAGCGGACAAAGUAUUGUGAAUCAAUUGGACUUGUUGAACCACAAGAAAUCAAGUUAGGCAUCCGAUAUGAUAGUCGUCUCAAUAAAAGAACUAAGCAGUAUGAACAGAUUGCUAUUGAAGAUACAUUUGUUUACGUUCCCAUUUUAGAUUCUUUGAAGCAGCUUUUAAGCAAUAAAGAUAUAUUGCAUUUUGCUACUCAUGACCAUAAGAGCACAGAUGGUGUAAUGAGAGAUUAUUGUGAUGGUUCACAAUUUGAGAAAACCCCUCUUUUCCAUGAAGAUGAGAAUGCCCUCCAAAUUCACUGUUUUUAUGAUGAUUUCGAGACUGUGAACCCCAUUGGUUCAAAAACAAAAAUUCACAAGAUAGGUGCUUUAUA